GUCACGGGACCGCGACCAGCUCCAUCUGGCUUCCUGGAGAAGAGGAAGGGAUGAGCGGGGGUCUCGGAGUGUGGCAGGACAUGGAGAAGGAGCGGGAGACGCUGCAGGCCUGGAAGGAGCGUGUGGAGCAGGAGCUGGACCGUGUGGUGGCUUUCUGGAUGGAGCACUCCCACGACCAGGAGCACGGGGGCUUCUUCACGUGUCUCGGCCGCGAUGGGCGGGUGUAUGACGACCUCAAGUAUGUCUGGCUGCAGGGAAGGCAGGUGUGGAUGUAUUGUCACCUGUACCGCAAGUUCGAGCGCUUCCGCCGCCCUGAGCUUCUGGAUUCAGCUAAAGCAGGUGGCGAAUUUUUGCUGCGUUAUGCCCGAGUGGCACCUCCUGAAAAGAAGUGUGCCUUUGUGCUGACUCGGGAUGGCCGCCCGGUCAAGGUGCAGCGAACCAUCUUUAGCGAGUGUUUCUACACCAUGGCCAUGAACGAGCUGUGGAGGGUGACAGGGGAAGCGCGUUACCAGGAUGAAGCCGUGGAGAUGAUGGAUCAGAUCGUACGCUGGGUGCGGGAGGACCCGUCCGGGCCGGGCCGGCCCCAGCUUCCGGGGGCCCUGGCCUCGGAGCCCAUGGCGGUACCCAUGAUGCUGCUCAACCUGGUGGAGCAGCUCGGGGAGUCAGACAAGGAGCUGGCGGGCAACUACGUGGAGCUGGGGGACUGGUGUGCCCAGAGGAUUCUGUGGCACGUCCAGAGGGAUGGGCAGGCUGUGCUGGAGAAUGUGUCAGAAGGUGGUGAGGAACUUUCUGGUUGCCUGGGAAGACACCAAAACCCAGGUCACGCUCUGGAAGCCGGAUGGUUCCUGCUCCGUCACGCCAUCCGGAAAGGUGACCCUGAACUUCGAGCCCAUGUUGUUGACAAGUUCCUGUUGUUGCCUUUCCGCUCUGGAUGGGACCCUGACCAUGGAGGCCUCUUCUACUUCCAGGAUGCCGAUGGCCUGUGCCCCACCCAGCUGGAAUGGGCCAUGAAGCUCUGGUGGCCACACAGUGAAGCCAUGAUUGCCUUCCUCAUGGGCUACAGUGACAGUGGAGACCCUACCUUGCUGCGUCUCUUCUACCAGGUGGCCGAGUACACCUUCCACCAGUUUCGCGAUCCCGAGUACGGGGAAUGGUUUGGCUACUUAAACCGAGAGGGGACGGUCGCCCUCACCAUCAAGGGGGGUCCUUUCAAAGGCUGCUUCCACGUGCCGCGGUGCCUUGCCAUGUGCGAGGAGAUGCUGGGCGCCCUACUGAACCGCCUCGUCCCUAGGACCUAA